AUGCUCUCAGAGUCCGAGCUGGUGGCCUUCGAUCACACCGCUGCUGGACACGACGGCAUCAGCUCCAACGCCUCGGGCUCCCUCAUCAUCAAGCCCUGCACCCAAGCCGAGAUCGACUUCUACGAGUCCGCCAAAGACCACCCCUUAUUCCAGGCCCACAUGCCUACCUUCAUUGGCUCCCUCUCGCAACACGACGACCAAGACGCCGUUGCUCCGCUGCUUGAGUCCUCUCAGGAUGGCGUUGCUGCCCCUCCACACGUGGAUGGGAUCGCAACACAAGGGGCUGUUACAGAAACCACACCGGGGCUUAUGAGGCGAGUUUCGUGGAAACCUUCAGGCGGCAAGAAAAUCACCACGGGUCUCGCCAUUGUGUUGGAAAAUGUCGUGUCCGGGUUCAAGCACCCGAACGUGUUGGACGUGAAGCUCGGUGUCAGACUCUGGGACGACGACGCUCCGUUGGCAAAGAGAAGGAAGCUCGACGAGGUCACGGCGAAGACAACGAGUGGGAGUCUAGGUUUUCGUCUCGCUGGGAUGAAGAUGUGGGCUGGUGCAGGGGCAGAAGACGCCGAAGUCGAAGUGCCGCCCGCAGAGAAAGAGUAUGUCGAGGUCAAGAACGGGUAUAGAUCCUACAACAAGUACUACGGCCAGUCGUUUUCGGCAGACAGCGUCGACGAUGCCUUCACGACGUACUUCGGCGGCAUCGUCCAGGAGGAGGAGAACGGCGACGCCGCGACGAAGAGAAUCCGGUUUAAACGUCAGCGGGCAGAGUUCCUUAUCCGCCGGUUCAUCAGGGAGUUGGAGAGCAUACAGUACGUGCUGGAGAACGAGGAGAGCAGAAUGUACAGCGCGAGUGUGUUGAUGGUGUAUGAAGGAGACCCGGAGGCGCUGGAGGUCAGCAUUGCGGGUGAAGAGGAGGAGGAUGGUCGGGACGGAGUAGACGGAGGCGAGGGCAUGCUACAAGACGAUGAUGAUGACGAGGAGGAUACGCGCCCGCACAAGGUCCACGAACUGCGCCUCAUCGACUUUGCCCACGCCCGUUGGACGCCCGGCGAGGGUCCCGACCAGAACGCAAUCAAGGGCAUUCAGAGUCUGCUCGCUAUCCUGCGGGAUCUGGUGGCCAAGGCAGAGUAG